AUGGGCCCAAAGUUCAUUGAAACGGAGGUGGAGUUUGGUAAGCGGCUUCACGGCAGUCGGAAACAUGCUGCUGGCAGUGGGGAGGCAGGAGAGGCAAGGAAAGUAGCGAGGUUGCUGCCGCUUUCGGUGGUUCCUCGGAGCGCGGCAUUGAAAGCGCUGCAGCCCAGGGAACUGCCUCCGCUGGCAUUGGGCCCCUACCCCCAACUCUCGGUCUGGCCCUCGAAGCAUAAACGUUCCGUGGGAGGAUCUUAUCCUCCGCUUGCGCUACAGCUGGAGGCAUUUAUUAGGAAAGAGCAACAACUGUACCUUCACGAACACCGUGACUGCACGCAUGCCGAUACACUUCAUAUUGUGCGAGAGGCAUUUUCGGUUUUAAUUGAACAUUUUAUGGAGUACAGAAGAGUCCUCUCGUUCAUUCGCGAGGAAUACGAGUCAACCAUUGACGAAGCUACGAGUGAGCUGCGACGCUUGCGGGCACGUAAUUUAGAAAACGAGAGCGAGCGUAGUUUCCACACAAUGGAGCUUAUGCGUCAGCGUGAAGGGCUUACCACUGUCAUCAGUAAUCAACAAGCGCAAUUGCAGGCCACACAGGGGCUGAUUCACUCCCUGCGAGACCAGGUGGCGAUGCUUGAAAAAUCCAAUAGUGAUUUAUCUGCUGAGGUGAAAGCUACGAAAAAAAUGUUUGAUGAAAGCAUGAUGACGUCAAAGCUUUUAAAAGACGCCAUGGUUGAAGAGACGGCACGCAACGCCCAACUUAUAAAUUUGCACAAGUCAGAUGAACGGGAGGUAGGUCGGUUGAAUGCCCAAAUAAACCUGCUGAGGGAAAAGCUUGACGAGGCGGAUAAGCGGAUUCAUACGCUUGUACGGCAGGUGAUGUUUAGUUUAGGAACGACAAAGUAUAAGAAGCUAGAUGAAUCAAUUGCCAGUGAGCGUGGGUUCUCAUCCACUAGUUUAGCUAAUUCAGAGAAGGACACGGAUCAAUCCGUUGUUGCGCUUCAACGUCGGAUUGAUGACUUGCUGCUUGCGUAUGAGCAGUUGAAGCAGCAGAAAACCGAGGCGAAGAAGUCAUUUAAAGGUGAGGGGGAUAAACAUCUCAAGGGAGAGGCGAGUCCGGUUUUUCACGAGGAGUCGGGGGUGGCUGUGGCAGCCACAGUGGACACUAGUAGUAAACUUAUUCAGUCGUGGUUACAAGAGGAGAACCUCACGGCGCAAGAAGUUGACAAGUUGGAUUUUCUUCUCCCUCCAGGGAAUUGGGAAGAUGAUCCACUCUCCUUCUUGAAGGUGUGUCACCCUGUGCGUAACCUGCGCAUGACGAGGGAGGUUGUGGUUAGUGCGCUUCGUGAGUUUUGGUCAUUGCGUCAGUUGCAAUUUCAUGUGCCGCUGAAAUCGUUCUUUAUGGAGUGGCUACAUAAAAAAGUGGGGCCAGGGAAAGCGGCGGAGGAAAUUGGACUGAAUCUUCUAUCGGUGUGUCAAAGAAAUCUCGACGACCCUGAGUGUCGUGCGAUGUUGUUGGUGCUGCGUUCAUUUCUGCCAGAGGAUGUGGUGCUGUCGUGGCAGAAGGACAUUAAGGAGCUGGAGGGGGCGUGUCAGGACUCUCCCCACCUUGUAGAUGGAACCAUUGAAACAGCGUUUAUUGAAAACGCGUUAAGGAUUGUCAUGCCCGAGAAGAGCUAUGUGCACAUGUUGGAGCUUCGGUUGUACCUCUGGCGCCUCAGCGAGGGGUCGGGACGGGUGCCUAUCGACGUGCUUUUCAAUGAAAGUGGUCAUUUUGCCCACAUGCUGCGGAGACAGUUUCUCUACGAGGUCGAAGAGUUUACGCUGCAGGUCGUCGAGAGCAUCCGACUGCUAUCAAAGGACUCCACUACUGUACGACUGCACGACAUAACGGAGACUAUCAGUAAGUUGGACGGGGGUAUUCCUAAAGGGACGCUGCACCGACUUGUGGCGGAGGCGACUCAGCUGACGGCUAUUGAUGUUGUCAAGGCGGAUGCGGACUUCCGAGUGAAACUCCAAACCGUUUUGCAUCGUUUCCGCAGUGCGGUGCUUCUGCGGAGAGCAACACCAUGUCUGGGUGAUGACUCUGCGCUUGAUCAGGAGGAAGACAAGAGUGUCAGGGAUGAAGAUGAAGAUGCAGACGAGGAAGACAAGGAGGGCGAUGGCGAUGAGGGUGGUAAGGGUGCGGCGUGUCCUCCGCCUUCACAUCUCAGUUCUCUUCAAACCUCGAUCGAGUUGCCGUCAACGCCGUUAAGUUGA